CCUCCUCCGAUCCCAGACUAAACCCCCUCCUCCAUGGCCGCCUCCUCCGCCGCCGUCGCGGCGGCCGUCCUCUGCAUCCACUGGCUGCUGCUGCUGCUGCUGCUCGCCGCCGCCAUCGAGGACGACGUGCUGUGCCUCGAGGGGGUGAAGAGCUCCCUCGCCGACCCCAAGGGCUCCAUCGCCUCGUGGACCUUCGCCAACACCUCCGCCUCCCACAUCUGCAACCUCGAGGGCGUGGCCUGCUGGAACCUCAACGAGAACCGCAUCAUCAGCAUCCAGCUCACCGGGUUCGAGCUCUCCGGCGGCCUCCCCGAGUCGCUCAAGAACUGCCACAGCCUCCAGACGCUGGAUCUCUCCCAGAACAAGCUCGACGGGCCCAUCCCGCCCCAAAUCUGCCAGUGGCUCCCCUACCUCGUCAAGCUCGAUCUCUCCUCCAACUCCCUCUCCGGCCCGAUCCCCAGCCAGAUCGCCGACUGUAAGUUCUUGAACAACUUGAUUCUGAGCGACAACAAGCUGUCCGGCCCCAUUCCUUACGAGGUGGGUCGCCUGGACCGGUUGAAGCAGUUCUCCGUCCAGGGCAAUCGUCUCUCCGGAUCUAUACCGUCGGUGCUGUCCAAAUUCAGUUCCGACGAUUUCUCCGGCAACGAUGGUCUGUGCGGUAAGCCUCUUAAGUCGUGUGGGGGGCUGAGCAAGAAGAGCCUUGCUAUAAUUAUCGCUGCGGGCGUUCUUGGAGCUGCGGGAUCGCUGUUGCUAGGGUUUGGGCUCUGGUGGUGGUACUUUGGUGGAGCUAGUAGGAAGAAGAGAGGAUAUGGCGCUGCUGCUGAUAAGGAUGAUAGUAGCUGGAUUGAGUGGUUGAGAGCGUAUAAGCUUGUUCAGGUGUCUUUGUUUCAGAAGCCCCUCGUGAAGGUCAAAUUGGCCGAUCUUCUUGCUGCUACUAACAGUUUUGAUGCUCAGAGCAUUGUGAUUUCCACGAGAACAGGAGUUUCUUAUAAGGCUGUGUUGGCCGAUGGCUCGGCUCUCGCCGUGAAGAGGCUCAGCACCUGUUCGCUCGGCGAGAAGCAGUUCAAAUCAGAGAUGAACAGGUUGGGGCAGCUUAGGCAUCCCAAUUUGGUGCCUCUUUUGGGUUAUUGUGUUGUCGUGGAAGAAAAGCUGUUGGUGUAUAAGUACAUGCCUGGUGGGACUCUGUUUUCCCAUCUACACGUGAAUGGUCAUGGCAUGACCGGUCAGUAUAGCUCAUUGGAUUGGCCUACCAGGCUUAGAAUAGGUGUGGGUGCCGCGAGAGGGCUCGCUUGGCUUCACCACGGGUGCCAGCCCCCGUAUUUGCUCCAGAACAUUAGCUCUCACGUGAUUCUCCUCGAUGACGAUUUGGAUGCGCGAAUAACUGACUUUGGGUUGGCAAGACUAGUCAAUCCUCGGGAUUCGAAUGACAGCUCAUAUCGCAAUGGAGAUUUGGGUGAGUUUGGUUAUGUGGCUCCUGAGUACUCGAGCACUAUGGUUGCCUCUCUAAAGGGCGAUGUCUAUGGUUUUGGAGUGGUACUCUUGGAAUUGGCGACUGGCCAGAAGCCAUUGGAAAUCUGCAAUGUGGAGCAAGUAUUCAAGGGAAAUCUGGUGGAUUGGGUCAACCAGUUGACUAGCAGUGGUCGAAGCAAGGAUGCAAUCGAUCGAUCUAUCUGUGGGAGAGCACACGAUGACGAAAUUUUGCAGUUUCUGAAAGUUGCUUGUUCUUGUGUGGUUUCUAGGCCUAAGGAUAGGCCUUCCAUGUAUCAAGUAUACGAGUCGCUGAGGAUCAUUGGUGAGAGACAUGGUUUUUCAGAAGCAGAUGACGAAUUCCCGUUGAUCUUCAAACAAGAUUCUGACAAUAAAGAGUAGCCUGAGAAUCUCCGCAUUUGGGUCUUUGCAUCUUAUGCUAUGUUCUGAAUGAUGUCUUUUGCUGGUUUCUACUCCAUGGGGCUAUCCAGUUCUUCUGGCAAUUGCUGGAUAAUUUAUGUAUCAUACAAGAACCAUCAUCUGAUGUAGCAUUCUACAUAGUUUGGGGAAGUAAUGUUGUCAAUCCGAAAAAGGUACUUCCUGUUCUUUGGGUGCCCUGUUGUUCAUUCACUAGGUACUUACCGGUAUAUUUUCGAAAUGAUGCCCUCUUUAGUGUCUACUAAGCUUAUAUUUGUUUGACCAUAUUGCAAUUCAUGCUUCUUCUCUA